CCCCUCCAUAAAAUAAUGAAUUUGCUUUACAUUUCCGAAAUAUUGUACUGGUAAAAAUGAAAACGAAGAAACCAAAAGCCGUGCCGGUCAAGAAGGCGGUCAAAAGUCUGAGGCCAUCGAUAAGCGACUCAAGUCUGAAUUUUCUACCAGAUGAUGCUUUAGAAGGUUUCCAAGAAAGAAUCGAGUAUGGAGUAGAAUGGAAUCUUCACGAACAAGCAGCGAGACACCACAGAAUAAAUUGUAAACGAGAUGAAAUACCAGCUGUAAAAUUCUCUGAGGCUCUCCAAGAUACUAUCAAGAAAAGCAUUUUGUACGGAUUUCUCGAAGACCAUAAUGUGUCGUUACAAGUACGAUGGGACUCACUCUUGACCAUGGACUUGUGGAACAAAGAUAAUAUUGAUAAAGAGGAAAAAGAUCCAUGUUUAAAAGCAGAGGAUUUGAUAACGGAUGAUGUGUUAAAGUUGAUAAAGAAAGCGGUGCUGCUUGACGAUCGAAAUGUGCUCAAAGAAGAAUUGAAAAAAGUUUCAGUUUUGAGGGUCAUUGAUGCAAAGAUGACGAUAUUAGACGAAGAGCUCAGACGUUUCAAAAACCUUAGCAUACUGAAUUUAGGCGCAAAUAUUAUAAGUGACUUUAAUUCGGAAGUCCUUCCUCGAAACCUCAAGAUGUUGGAACUGCAAUCCAAUGCAAUGAGGAAAAUAGAUGGGCUCGCCAAAAAUGCGCCAGAGUCUCUUACUUAUCUUGGGCUAUCCGGAAAUCUGUUGACUGACGAAACCAGCUUGGAAGCCAUUUCAAAACUUCUCAACAUCACAGUUUUAGAUCUGAGUGACAACGACAUCUGUGAUCUGAAUACAGUACUAAGUAGCUUGGUAGAGCUACCAAAACUUACGUCGCUACAGCUCAUCGGGAACCCGUGUGCUGUAUGUGCAGCAUAUGCGAAGACAGCUAUGAAGCGACUACCGCGACUGAAAUGGCUGGAUAAUCAUGAAAUCAUGGAUUCCGACAGACCGUCGGCUACAUUUGAACCUCAUUCUAACGAUCUCCGCUCGUCGUACUUUAAUUUUGCAGUUUAUAGAAUUUUUUCAGUACCUGAACCUCCGAAGCUGGAUAAGGGAUCUUUUCAGUCAUUUCAUGUAGAGUUAGAGCUUCCCUUAUUAGACUCGACACGGAGAAAAUUUCUAAUGUACCAUCAAAACGAAGAAUUGACGAAGAUCCUUCCUCCAACUGAAGAUGACCAAUAUACAAAGGAAGCUUCUUCUAGUCAAGUUUUUAACCUGUUCAUCGAUAUGUCCACCAGCAAGUCGACGAUUUACCACAACCUGGAACGGAGGAACUCUCGCGAGAUCAGACACUACACCGUAUUCGAGAGCAAUAAGGUCCAGUGGAACAAGAUCAUGAGCUUCCAGGAGCCAACCGUCAGGAUACUCUGCCCAAAUCUCUUCGCGCUGCGGGACACGUUUCGCUCUGUGAUCACUGUUCGACUAGUUUAUACUCUGGCCACAAGUAAGAAAGAUAAGAGUGUCAGCAGACUAUCGAAGAGCAGCUCUGUAAUGCUGCGGCAUAUGAACGAGCACCGGGUGACGCUGGCGACAGUGCGGUGCAGCCUGCGGCAGCCGCGCUGGUGGGAGACCACGCAGCACUUCUGUUGGGACAGCAGUCUGGACGACGAAGCUGUCAGCUGCAGCGAUGAAAUUAAGCAACAGUACAACAUAGGAAAACCAAAACCGCAAGGAAUCGCUUCUAAACACUUUCUGCCAGAGCAUCUGACGUGCUUUUUCGGCUUCGACAUCGACACCGUUUGA